UUGAGUAAGUGUCAAGACUUCAAAAUUGAUUAAUGGAAGCACUAUAUGCAUAAGACAGAAUGAUUCCGAAAUGCUCUGCUUCUCCCAUCCACAGUCAUCCACUUCAGUUCCAGCCCUUGACCGGUCUCCGGCAACUCGCCGAAACGCGUCGUUUCAAGGUAUGGCUUUUGGAUCAAUUUGGAGUUCUCCACGAUGGAAAACAACCUUAUCCUGCUGCAAUUUCAACAUGUAUGUAUGUAUUAGAAAGUAUAGCAAAGACGGGUGCUAAGAUGGUUAUUAUAAGCAACUCCUCAAGGCGCUCAUCGGUUACUCUUGAAAAAGUCAAGAGCCUUGGCUUUGAUGCUUCUCUUUUUCUUGGAGCCAUCACUAGUGGAGAACUCACUCAUCAGUACUUGCAAAGGCGAGAUGAUCUUUGGUUUGCAGCAUUGGGAAGGUCUUGUAUUCAUUUCACCUGGAGUGGCCGUGGAGCAAUAUCUCUUGAGGGCUUAGACUUGCAAGUUGUGGAGAAAGUUGAAGAAGCUGAGUUUGUUUUGGCUCAUGGCACUGAAGCAUUGGGGGAUGCCAACGGGAAUGCACGUUCAAUGAAACUUGAAGACCUUGAAAGAAUAUUGGAGCUUUGCGCUGCCAAAAGAAUUCCUAUGGUGGUAGCCAAUCCUGAUUAUGUAACUGUUGAAGCAAGAGAAUUGCGUGUGAUGCCUGGUACACUAGCAGCUAAAUAUGAGAAGCUUGGGGGUGAAGUGAAAUGGAUGGGCAAACCUGAUGAGAUAAUCUACAAGUCAGCCAUGGCCAUGGCUGGCACAGAUGUUUCCGACUGCAUUGCUGUUGGUGAUUCUCUCCAUCAUGAUAUAAAGGGUGCUAAUGCUGCUGGGAUAAAAUCAAUUUUUAUCACUGGUGGGAUUCAUGCAACUGAACUUGGACUCCAUGGUUUUGGAGAAGUUGCAAAUUCAUCUUCUGUUGAAUCACUUGCAACGAAAUAUGAUGCAUAUCCAUCUUAUGUUUUGCCUGCAUUCACAUGGUAGAACAUUGCGUGGGCUGCAAUCCAAACCACUCCACUUAUAAUUGUAAUUUUUUAAACCAUUAUAUGAUUUAUUGGCCAUUGGUAGAAAGAACAAACUCUAUGUAAAGAUAUUUGGAAACUGUUGAAAACACGAGAGUAUAGUGCAUGCAUGUGGUAUUUCAUAUUUUCGUGAUUUGUUGUCUAA